CCAAUUUGACGGGGCACGUGGAGCGGGUGGGCAUUGAGAACUUUGAGCUGCUGAAGGUUCUGGGCACAGGAGCGUAUGGGAAAGUCUUCUUGGUGCGUAAGGUGAGCGGGCACGACUCUGGGAAGCUUUAUGCCAUGAAGGUGCUGAAGAAGGCCACCAUAGUGCAGAAGGCCAAGACUGCAGAGCAUACACGCACUGAGAGACAGGUCCUGGAGCACAUCAGACAGUCGCCUUUUCUCGUUACGCUGCAUUACGCUUUCCAGACAGACACCAAACUACACCUUAUACUAGAUUAUGUGAAUGGGGGAGAACUCUUUACUCACCUGGUGCAGAGGGUUCGGUUUAAAGAACAGGAGGUGGCCUUGUACAGCGGAGAGAUCGUUCUAGCUCUGGAGCACUUGCAUCAGCUGGGCAUUGUCUACAGAGACCUGAAGUUGGAGAACAUUCUUCUGGACUCAAACGGUCACAUUGUACUCACAGACUUUGGCCUUAGCAAAGAGUUUGACCAGGUAGAGAGAGCCUACUCCAUUUGCGGUACCAUCGAGUACAUGGCUCCAGAGAUUGUUGAGGGAGGAGAAUCAGGUCAUGACAAGGCUGUGGAUUGGUGGAGUCUGGGCGUGCUAAUGUACGAGCUGCUGACCGGAGGCUCACCCUUCACUGUCGACGGAGACGAGAACUCGCACUCAGAUAUUGCAAAGAGAAUCCUGAAGAAAGAUCCGCCUUUCCCUAAAGACAUGGGGCCCCUUGCCAAAGAUCUCAUUCAGCGCCUCCUUAUCAAAGACCCAAAGAAGAGGCUGGGCUCUGGUCCCUCAGGGGCCCAGAAUGUAAAGGGACACCCGUUUUAUCAGAAAAUUAACUGGGAGGACCUAGCUGCAAAGAAAGUUCCGGCUCCAUUCAAGCCAGUGAUCAGAGAUGAGCUGGAUGUGAGUAACUUUGCUGAAGAGUUCACCGAGAUGGAUCCCACCUACUCUCCUGCCGCUCUGCCUCAGAACUGCGACCGCAUCUUCCAGGGAUACUCGUUCAUGGCUCCCUCCAUUCUGUUCAAGAGGAACGUGGUGAUGGAUGAUCCGGUGGAGUUGUGCGGAGGCACAGAGAGGCCGGGCUCCGCUGCAGUGGCACGCAGUGCUAUGAUUAAGGACUCGCCGUUCUACAUGAACUACGAGAUGGACCUGACGGAGAGCGCGCUGGGGGAGGGCAGUUUCUCCAUCUGCAGGCAGUGCACAAACAAGAAGAGCGGACAGAAAUACGCCGUGAAAAUCGUCAGCAAGAGAAUGGAGGCCCAGACGCAGAAGGAGAUUGCGGCUCUGAAGCUGUGUGACGGACAUCCUAACAUUGUGAAGCUUCAUGAGAUUUACCAUGACCAGCUGCACACAUACCUGGUGAUGGAGCUGCUGCGUGGAGGGGAGCUGUUGGAGAGGAUUCGGAGGAAACGACAUUUCAGUGAGACAGAGGCCAGUCGCAUCAUGCGUAGACUUGUGUCUGCUGUCAGCCACAUGCAUGAUGUAGGAGUGGUGCACCGAGACCUCAAACCAGAAAACCUGCUCUUUACGGACGAGAGGGAGAACUCCGAGAUUAAAAUAAUCGACUUUGGCUUUGCACGGCUCAAACCUCCUGAUAACCAGCUACUGAAGACCCCCUGCUUCACCCUGCAGUACGCUGCUCCCGAGAUCCUCAAAUACGACGGCUAUGACGAGUCCUGUGACCUCUGGAGUCUGGGAGUCAUCCUGUACACCAUGCUGUCAGGUCAGGUACCCUUCCAGUGUCAGGAGAAAAGUCUCACCCACACGAGUGCUGAGGAGAUCAUGAGGAAGAUCAAACAGGGGGACUUUUCUUUUGAAGGAGAGGCCUGGAAGAACGUGUCCCAGCAGGCGAAGGACCUGAUACAGGAGCUGUUGACUGUGGACCCUAGCAAGCGGAUAAAGAUGUGUGGACUACGUUACAACGCCUGGCUUCAAGACGACAGCCAACUCUCCUCCAACCCCCUCAUGACUCCAGACAUCCUGGGCUCCUCCACCGCCUCUGUGCACACGUGUGUCAAAGCCACCUUUAAUGCAUUUAAUAAGUGCAAACGGGAGGGGUUUCGACUCCAGACGGUGGAUAAAGCUCCACUGGCCAAACGCAGGAAGAUGAAAAAGACCAGUACCAGCACAGAAACACGCAGCAGCUCCAGCGAGAGCACACACUCUUCCUCCUCAUCUUCACAGUCUCAGGAGAAGACUCCACCGGGGGGGCAAACUACAGUGCCCCAGCCCUUAGUCAGCACCCCGCUGACCCUGGGACCCGAUGAGGAGCAGGGCCAGUCUCCUCAGAACCAGUCCCCGGCCCCUCCAACCUUCAGCUUCUCCGAGUGA